GCCUUUUAUAAUAUCCUUGGAACCGGGAGGCAGUUUGAGAAUAGGUUGUUAUUGAUUUUUUUGUUGUCAGGUGUGCUUGUGAGUGAGCUCGAAACAUUAGUGUGAAUUUGUGUAGUUAGUAGUAGGCAAAUCGUUAUGGCUGUGAACGAGGGAAUGGAAAAAUGUGAAAUUGAAGUUGUUAAUCCAUCCAUUUUAAGUAAAAUUGAAAGCUUCUUCAAUGAUGCCACUUACAGAGAAACAAUUGAGAAUUCGGCAACUUAUAAUACACGCUUGUGUAUCGAAAGAAGACUGCGAAUGCCAUUUCUUGAUUCUCAAACAGGCGUUGCCCAGAAUCACUCAAAUUUGUUUAUGAGCUCCCGUGAACGAAUGCCUGGCCUUGUAGAAGGCCAGAUUUACACAUAUCCCUCAAAACGUUGGCGGAAAAAGCGGCGGCAAUAUCUUAUGAAUUUUAUGCAACCUCGUCGAAAAGAGGUUGACCCAGAGGCAGACUUACACACCAUAAGCACUGUUGAGAAUCCAGCAGUAUGCAACAAUGAAGACAGCAAGGAAAGUGUCAGCUUAAAAGAUGAAGUAGUGAAGUCAACCACAAGGCAGGCUCCUCCCCAUCGACCCCGGGUGCCUGGCUAUCUCGUUCCAGAUAGCUCUCCAGCUCUAUCUGAAGAUGCCCUUUGCAACUUGGGCAAAACACCUGGUGGUCUUGCAGCCAACUGCGCGUGGGAUAGCAACAUGAAAACCAGCCACAUACAAGAUGCUUGGUAUUAUGAUGAAUUGGAUAUGCAAGAAAUGGAAGCAUUUGAUGAUCCGGAUCCUGACUCUGAUUAUGAUUAUGAAGAAUCAUAUACAAAGAGGAAAAAGAAAUCAAAGAAAACGCCAAGGACAGGUGACUCACCGGCUGUGAAGAAACCAAAGGGUCAGGGAAGAGGUCGCAAGAAAACGAAUUAUGAUGCUGUCUCUGAUGCUGAAAAACCAUUUGCCUGUGAACUGUGUGGAGCGCGGUACAAGACCCGACCUGGGCUCACGUACCACUACACUCACUCUCACAAGGAUGAGGAGAGCGGAGAUGCCCCUUCGACGCAGGCACAGGUGCCUCUUCAGGGAGGGGGCCAAAGCCCAGUUGUGGGCUCACCCGGGCCUGCCCACACGUCUGCUGCUCCCACACCCGCUGGUGAGCCCUUCGCCAGACAGACGCCACAGGCUCAGCAACUGCAGCCGUUGGCUCUGCAACCACAGCAGGGCCCUGGCCCAGCUGGGCAGGUUCCAGUGCCAGUGCCUUCACAACCGGAGGCAGGUUGGAGCAAGUUCCAGGACAGUUACCUCACCUUCCUAAGUGCCCCUGGUGGGAGUUCUCGGCGCGGCAGACAGUCUCAGGUGCAGUCACCGGUUCCCCCUGUGUCUUCACAACCCCAACAACAACCACCACAACAACCACCACCAACGCAACCACCACCUCAUGCUCCAGUGCUCUCAGUUGUACCACCACCUGUUGUGCCACCAAUGGUGCCUGAAGAGACACCAAGUACAAUUACUACAUCACCAGCUGCUCCAAUACUUGAUAAGAAACCUGCUACAGAUGUAAUGACAUUGAUGCCAGAAGAAAAGGACCGCGCUGCACCUUCCCCUUAUUGUGAUUUCUGUCUUGGUGAUGCCCAGGAGAAUAAGAAGACUGGGCAUUCAGAGGAACUGGUGUCCUGUUCAGACUGUGGACGCUCAGGUCACCCAACCUGUCUGCAGUUCACACCUAACAUGAUCAUUUCAGUGCGGAAAUACAGAUGGCAAUGUAUCGAAUGUAAAUGCUGUUCAAUUUGUGGAAAUUCAGACAAUGACGACCAGUUACUUUUCUGUGAUGAUUGUGACCGAGGGUACCACAUGUACUGCCUAGCGCCACCACUUGCCACACCUCCAGAGGGAUCUUGGAGUUGCCGCCUGUGUCUUGUGGAGUUUCAUAAAAAAUAAUUUCUAUCAGAUUUAUUAUCACACACACUCAGGAAAUAUUUCAUUGCAUGUAAUUCUUUUCUGGUACUUAAGUGAAUGAGGUUUUAGUGUAAACUUUCAGCUUGUAUUGUGUAUUAAUACAUCAACAAGUCACACCAGCAUCACGUGUUUGGUAGCUGAUUGGAAGUAUUUAUAUUAUAAAUGUUUGAUGUUCUACUACUACUUUUGCAAUAGUAGUUCAUAGUACUGAAUAUGUCUUUCAUAGCUCUUUAAAAAAAGUUGAUAUUGUAUUUUGGCAUUAUGAAGGGACUGGUUAUAACUGUUAAUGUGUUCCCAUGACGUAUAUUAUUCAGCAUGACAAUUUGUGACUUUGACUUAGACAAUAGGCAUAGAGCUGUAACUUUUAUGCUCACUGUGAUUUUCUUUUUCUAUAAUUGAAUCUUAUAAAGAUAAAUGUUUCUGGGUAUUACUUAUUAAUAAAACUUCUGUAAUUACCCGAGUUAUGAGAAUACUUUUUCUAUUAGAGGAAUGACUUAUCAAACAAAAAGAUAAAGGAAAACAUUUCAAACUUAUGGCUGAAGUGAGUUUUAAAAGACAGUAUGCUGAGGAUUGGUUUUAUCUGUUGAUUGCUCCUGCCUCUGGAUUGCAUUUUCUAUCCUUAAUAAUUAUCGCCUUCACAAUGAGGUUCAGUCAAGCGUAUAAUUCAAAAACAUCACUGAUAAUGUAAAACUUAGUUAUUUCCACUUCUUAUUACUCAAUUUGUACAUUUUCAUUAUGGGUUUAUUCUCAGUGUCAAAAAUUCUUGUUAAUUGCUCUUGCUCAUUUUCCUUAAUUUCUACUUGUUUGCUUCAUUAUUAUGUUAUAUAGUUACCCUGUAUUACUAUGUAAAUUCCCAUAUGCUGAAACAUGUAACAUUUAGUGACUAUACUUUAGUUUUAGAUGUCAGAUUUACUGUGAAUGCUAAGAUGUGAAACUUUGGAACUAGCAUAUGAAUUGUUUGAAAAUAACGGUUCACAUUAGUCCACAUUCUGUUUUUGUACUUUCCCCUCCACACAAAUAGAAUUUGGUUCUGAAGAAAGAAGACAAGGUUUUGUAACUCUUCUUCAUUUUCUUUGGGUAAUGUUUUUUUAUGUUUAAUGGAGUUUGUGCUUCCUAUUUAAAUUAUCAUUUUUUCUCCAUUCUCAUUUGAUAUUUAGUAGCUGCUUGGGGACAAUUUAAUUUCAAGUGGCACUCUAUCCAAGGUAAUGUUGGUAAAACCAAUAAAGUUACAAGGUUGCAAAAGAAGUGUGUAUUGUUUGUACAACAUUGAAUUUGGAGAACAUAUAGUCACAUGCUAUACAGGAAAUGGAAAACUACUUAAAACCUAGUCCCAUCUCAUGAUUAUGCCAAGUGUUUUGCCAGUUCCAAGUCAUCAUUUUUGUACUGCGUGUGAUGAGUGUUUUCAAUGAAGCUAUCAGGUACUUAAUGCACUCAGUGAUUCUAGUUUGUGUUUAUGUCAUUAGUCAUUUGUGUAAAUAUUUUGAAAAUGUAUAGCAGUUGAAAAAAAAAAUUGCAUUAUUUACGAACAGUAGGCAAAUAUUGUCUUUUGAAACCAGAUAUUUUUGUAAGUGCAUGCUUUAAUUUAAUGUAAAAUUUAUUACACAGUAUAUAAUAUGGUGUGGCAGCUAUUGUAAGUUGAAUGUACUUAAAAAUUAAUUCUUAUACAAUAUUGUCUGACUAGUAUAGGAAAAUUAAAUUCUGUGUAUGGUGUUUCAGUAUUUUCAGUGCCUAAUGAUAGAGCUAUUUUGAAAAAAUAAAUGCUUAUUGUGAAUCUAUUAGCUAAGUUAGUUGAUUAUAUUGUAGUCACCAACUAUCUAUGAGAACAAUGGAAGCCUGCUACCACAAAAUAAAAUGUAAAUUAAAGCAGCAGAUUCUUUUUCAAGUGUGAAUUGAUGUUGACUGAAGAGUCACACAAAAUGCUGCUCAGAUUGUAACAGAAAUGAUGAUCAAAUUCAAACAUGGCGAUUUUGCCAUACCUACAGUAUCAAAACAUCUUGCCUGAAUAUAAUUUUUCAGCUGUGUCCACCAAAGUGGAAAUGUGGCACACAGAUACAAGAUGAAAAUAAUGGGGAGUAUGUGUAAAUGGAAAGUAGUAAUAGGCUAGUAAAAGAAAAUAUGAAAAUAAUAGGCAGUGUGUAUGAAUGGAAAGUAGUGAUAAGCUCAUGAAAGAAAAUAAUUAUGAAAGGACACACACACAAACUAAAAGGAUGAUGACUGGAGAGGACAGGAGGAUGAUUGACUGAGGGAACAUAAACUCCACACAUAAAGGGUACUAGAGAAUCAAAAAAAUUUAAAUUACUGUACGGCAUGUCUGCAAUUGAAAGAAACUGGUGAAUAAUCAGAGGGCAUGCACUGAAGCUACAGAAGUGAAUGUCAUAAAACUUCAUCAUGUAACAAACAACUUACGAUAUUUGUUACAUUUCUUAGAUAUGGUCUUAGCAAGUUUCUGUAUGGAAUCAAUAUAAUCAUCAGAUUCUCCCCGAGCUACAGUGCUGUGAAAGACUGCUGCAGCUGCUUGAGAAAGAAUAAAAUAUUUUGAUGAUAACUGUUCUGUUCCAAAACCAUUAAUAAACUCUCAAAACUCUCAUUUUCUGAUUUUUUUGGCCUUGAUUGUAGUCAAAUACUGGAAUUCAUAAUUUUAUUCUUUACAAAACUGGAUCAUAUUUUUUAUAGUAGUCUUUAUGCAUGGUUGUUAUAUAGUGUCUGUGUGGAUUAGAAAGGUCAAAUGAUUCUGCUCAGAGAGAAUAUACUAUUAAAGAUGUAAUAUCGUUGAACUGAACUGACUUGAAGACAUUUUUGUUAGAGGACAGGUUUUGUUUGUAAUGUUACAAGUAAGAAUAAGCUUUAGCAUCUGGUACACCUUUGUAACCUAUGACUAAUAAUAUGCAUUGCAGUACAUAAUCAUAGAAAAAUGAAAUGUGGUGCAGAGAAUCUUUGUGAAUUACAGGUUUCUCAUUGUCAUUAAAUUUUUACUAAAUCAUUUUUAAUACACACAUGAGGAAGCUUUCAGUUUUUGCUGAAUAUUCACUUCUUUAGAAGACCAUUAUAAAAAAGAAUUUAUUCGUUAGUGUAUUAAACCUGUGAGUCACAGAAACACCUUCGAAUAUGAUAUUUACUAAAGUUUUGUCUUUUCCUUGUUUAUUGUUGCUGGAACACACUAUAUUUUUACUAUUUUUUACAAAAUAUAUAGAUGGUUUCCCAGUAAAAACACUGUGACACAAGGUAUUUUCCAACUUCUUACAUUUUCUUUCGUAUUUAUUGUUUCUUUCUAAUGCCCGGACCCUCAGUCACUAAUAGCUUAACUCUUUUAGUGUCAGCGGUGCUCCUUCAGUUUUUAUUUUAUAUAUAUGAUAUGGAUAUGUGCCCCCAUUUCCAAUGUUUUCCGUCUAAUUCAUGUAGUGAUUUGAUCAUUCUGUUUAUGUGGAAGUAUUGCAGUCGCAUAUGACAAGUUAUUGCUUACAUAAUGUGGUCAUUUUUUCCAUAGUGGUUUCUUCACUUGGGUUAUGGUAGUUUGAAAGAAAAUGAACAGUUUUUUGUCCAUCCAUUUAGUGCAAGUUACUCCUUCCCAGUUCCUCCUCACUAAUUUCCUGCAAGUGUAACAUUUUUCAGAUAUAAAAUUUGUGGCAAGUAUUUCCGUACACUUUUAAUAGUGCCACAAGCAAAGAUUUUAUUUUUGAACAGCACAAUGGAUGUAAAAUAGUUGUCUUGGUAGCUUUCAUAACCUUGACCUUUCACAGACUUUGUCAAGUGGGGAAAAAUUCUCCCACCGAUAUCCUUUCCUACCGAAGUUCUUUGUUUCCAGUGUAUACUUGAAAUUCACAAAUACACCGUUUUGUCUGCCCUCAACCAUCCUUUAUAUGAAUUUCUGGAGCAUAUACAUUUUCAUAAAAGAUCGUCCUUUAAACUUAAUCAUUGAUUCAUCAAAGGCCUGUUUCUUAGAUGGCCUGUAACACUUUUUGUAUGUUAGGAGAGAGAAUUUAGCAAUGGUCAUAUUUUAUAUAGUUUGUCAUGACUGCAGACCCCCACCCUCUCUUUUUGUACUGCAUUAUCAUGUGUGUGUAAAUUUGAAAGGAGCGUACGAAUCUGUUCAGUAGCAUUCUUUGGCCAAAUAUUCAUCUGUAUAGUGCAGACAAAGAAUAUAAGUAAUCCUUAUCAUUAGGUUACAAUUUGACAUGCAUAAUUAAAUUAGUAUUGAAAAUCACUUUCAUUUCAUUUAAAUUAUUAGGGCUAUCACAGCAUAACAUAUAAGUUUGUUUGACACUCUAGAUCUUCAAUUGUAUGGGUUAUAAAAAGUUCAAAGAUAAAGUGAACAGGGAAAGAAAGAUUAUCGAAAUUAGAGGAGGGUUCAGAUUCCUCCACAAAAUUUACAAGAAGAUUUUCACUGAACUAAUGUCCCCACUUUGGUUUUGAAAUGGCUUGAGUGGAAGGAAGUAGUUCACUGAUAUCAACUAGAGCUUCAGGAACUACUUCCUCGGCCCAUAAAGAUGAUCACAACAUGGAGGCUUCCUCUCGAAGGGCCUGAAAAAUAUGCUCCAGAUUAUCAUCUUAAGAUUCUGACAAAUCACUUGGGAUAUCUUGAAAAAGAAGAUUUUGGACAGUAAUCUCAUCUAAUUAGGUGAAGGUGUCUCUUCUGUCCAUCUAAACAGGCAUAAAAGAAUAACUUACAGUGUACGAGAUAGGUGUCACAGUAGCACAAUGGUUUCAGAGCAACACCACUAACACUUGUGGUUAUAACUAUUUCAAAUAAUGUGCUUCAUUAAAAAAUAAUUCAUAUUUAUAACCUAGAAAUAUGUCCUACCAUGAAUAAAAAUUUUACUUGCAUUGAGUCAAGUACAGAAUCUGUAUAAACAAAACAACGUCCCUGAAAUACAAUAUGCUGUACCUGCGUGGAAAACACUCGCUGUCUGCUAACUUCCCCUCACAGUGCUGCCCUCAUAAGAUCAGAUAAGUUAACUCCUUGGAAGUCCACUAGAAUGCACCACAAACAAGGUUGAGACAGUCAUUUCACAGUCAGGCACCUCUGCCACAAGGCGGUACAGCACAGCAAAUAGAUGUUUCGCAGUGAAACCACUCUCAAGUCAAAGGGUUGAUGUGUAACAACUUCCUGGAGGUGAAUAGAAAAAAAGCUGUUAAUUUAAAAUCCAAGUAUUCAGUCUGCAGUAUUUCCUGCUAUGCACAUUAGUGUUUACAUGGGUUGAUAAUAAUUUUUGGAAUGUGGAAGAUUUUAUCUGUGUAAAACCCACAAAAGGUGGGAGGGGGCAGAGGAGGGUAGAAGCAGCAUCCGAGAUACAAUUAAAAUGCUUUAUUCGUAGAAAUGAAAAUUAUCAUCAUUGUAGUGGAAAUACAGAAAGAAGCACUGAUGAUUGCAGUAGACAGCAGGUAGUUCUGAAGAUGUUCAAAAUAAGUUGUACAAGAAAGGCCAGUCACCAUUUUCAGUGCCAACGGUACUACCUUCUAUACAACAGCUACUUCUUUGCUUUUCAGAAUCCUCUAGACAACUGGUACUUCUACGCUUCUCAGCAUGUAACUACUUUUGUAUUAGUUACUCUGACCCUUCAAGUUUCUGAAAGAAACUGUAACAAUAGGCUAUACGGUUGUCACCUUCUAAUAAGAUCCCUACCCUAAUGUUUCACCAGACACUCAGGGUCAGCCCCUGGUAGCUGAGUGGUAAGUGCGACAGAAUGUCAUACCUAAAGGCCCGGGUUUGAUUCCUGGCUUGGUCGGAGAUUUUCUCCACUCAGGGACUGGGUGUUGUGUUGUCCUUAUCAUCAUCAUCAUCAUCAUCAUCAUUCCAUCCCCAUCGACACGCAAGUUGUCGAAGUGGCGUCAUCUCGAAAGACUUGCACCUGGCAAAUGGUCUACCCGAUGGGAGGCCCUGGCCACAUGACAUUUCCAUUUCCAUCAGACUCACAAAGCCUAAAACCUACAAAUACUGUAUUCUUAUGCUGUUUCUAAUUCUUUUUCUCAAAUUUUAUGGAAUCUCUUCUUUUCUUAGGUAAGGUUAAAGCAGUAUCUAUUUGUUUUAUUCUAUGUAUAUUAUUACUUGGACAAAUAUCUUAUUUUUCUGCUAUUUACAAUUUAAUUGAGGAGGUGUACAUGCUGGGAUAUUGCUGAUGUGCUUAUUUUUUUCAGAAUAUGCACAGCAGCAAAAUGCCAGCAAGUACAGAAUAGUGGGUGCCAUGCAGCUUCUGAACUGUACUGAAUCCACCUGAUGCAAAGAAAGGUGAAACAAAAAUGUAUUUUUUUUAACCAUAGAUAAACUGCAUCUUAAAAAAGUUUUCAGUAUUUAGGCUACCAGAAUGCUCAAAUGAAUCGGAGGAGGUUGUGAUAUUGCUGGUAAAAUACCAUUAGUCAAAUCAACUUUUGUAUCUUGAAAGUGAAGCGGAAUAACCUUAAUUAUACGAUUAUUUUUAAUUUGUUAGAGUGGAAAACAACCUAUGAUGGUAAGACUUUUCAGUCAUUAAAAAAUAUAGUACAAUUUAUUUAGUUUCUGAAACUGCAAUUUGCAAAAUAAAUAUUGUGUAUUUUGUGAACAUUUGUAUUGCAAAUAUAAAAAGUACAUUGUCUAGUGUGAUUUAUUAUUUUGAGGUGGACAUUAUUAUAUAGCACUAAAGGGUAAAACAUUUGUCAGCCUUAAUCAUAAGUUAACAAUAGUAUUAAUUUCCUUUGCGUGGUAUGUGGGACAAUGUGAGUAAUGUAAUGUCUGCACAAAACUAGCUUUCUAUUGUAAAUUUUGCACAGUUAUACAGUUGUGUGUAUUUUUAAGUAACAAAUAUGAAAAGUUAAUUUUUAUGUUUUAAAACAGGGUUAUGAAUUUAUGUGACAAAUUAGUUGGUAUGUUAUCAUGUCAAUUUAAGUCCAUGUAUUAAACCUGUAUCUCAUUACAGUAUAUUCUUGUUUCUAUUGCCAGUGUACAAUAAGUAGGCAUGUGUGUGCUGUAUUUUAUAAAAUUAUUUUUUGUAUUAAAAAUGUGCAGAAUUAAA